AUUCUUCAAGGACAUGUACACACAUUUGAGAAGAAUCUGUUGCGCUGCGCUUGGUCGCCAGAUGGGCAGUACGUAACGUGUGGUAGUGGUGAUCGCUACGUCCAUGUAUGGGAUGUAAAGACGCGCAACCUCAUCUACAAGCUGCCUGGGCAUUCAGCCUCGGUAAAUGAAACUGGUUUCCAUCCCCUUGAGCCCAUUCUCCUCUCUGGUGGAGGGGAUAAGAAAAUUUUUCUUGGUGAAAUAGAAUUGUGA